AUGCCAAGAUAUGCCUCAAGAAAACCAAUUAAAAAACAAAAAAUUGAAUUACCAUUACAUCUUCCAACAUUAGAUCCUACAGUAUUAUCAAAAUAUAAAUUAAUAUUUAUAGUUGAUUUACAAUCAUUUUCAAAUAAAUCAUGUAAUAGAAUUUUAAAUCAAGCAUUAUUUAGUAAAGUUAAAGAUGAAUCAGAAGUUAUUAUAUUAGUUAUUAUUAAAAGUAAAUUCUCUCCGAUGUGUAGAGAAUGUGGUAUUGGUAGUCGAGAUGAUAAAUCACUCUUUUUAAAGGACAGAUUCAUUAAAGAAGGUAAUGGUAGAGUACUAUUUCAAUUAGAUUCAUCAAUUAGUAGUUUACUCUAUAGAAAAGAACUCUCCAAAUACGUUUAUAAACAUAAUACAAAUAUAAUCAUCUUAUCAGAAGAUAGACAAUAUGGUUACACUAUCAUUGGUUCUGAUGUACCAAAUUAUGAUACUGAAAUCUACAAUCAAUAUUUUGAAACUUUUGAUCAGCAACAAACAACUCCAACACCGACACCAUCAUCAAAAGAUGAUUCUUCAUCAACAACUGUUGAAAAUGUAACAAUAAUUGAAAAAGAAUUAACAACACAACAUCAUAAAACUAAAGAUGAACAAAUUGAAGAAUUACAAAUUAAAACAUCAAAUAAAAUUGAAAAAUGGAUAAAAGAUAGAAUUGAAAAAGGUGAUAUAAUAAAUUUACCAAAAACUAUUGAAUCAUUGGAAAAGUCUAUUCAACCAUUUUGUAAGGUAACUCAUUGUUUUUCAAAUAAUGCUGAAAUUAUUAAAAAGUUAACAGAAUGUGGUGAUAUUAAAAUUUGUGAUACUUGCCAAACUUGUAAACCAACAUCAACCAAUUUAGAGAACCAAUUUUAUUUCUCUUAUUUAAGUUUAUCUCAAGAAGAUCAUAAACAAUUCGAUUGGUUAUUAAAGAAAAUCAUUACAGAGUAUACUAAAACUCCAACAAAUCAAGUACCAAUACCAUUAGUAAAUAUUAAUAAAUUCACUUUAUCAGAGAGAGUAGAAAUUAAAACUUCAAUAAUUAUUGAUUAUUUAAUUAAAAAUAAAAUAAUCUCAAUAAAAAAUGAUCAUCAACAACAACAAUCAAUUAAAAAUAAUAAUGAUAUUGAUGAUUCUAGUAAUUUUGAAAGUGGUUUUAGUGAUCAUUUCUCAACUAAUUUAGCCAUAUCCUCUUCUUCUUAUAAAUCAAGUUAUUCUUCACCCAGAAAAUUAAAAACACCAACAACAACAACAACAACAACAACAACAACAACUAGUAGUGGUAGUUACUCUUCACCAAGAAAAUUAACAACAAAAGGUUCAACUAAUCAAGCUACUUCUACAACCUCAACUCCAAAAAAGAAUUAUACAAGUUCAAAAUAUUCUUACACUUCAUCAUCAAAUAGUAAUUACUAUGGUAAUAAUGAUGAUACUCCAACUUAUAAAGGUAAAAUCAUUUAUAAUAGUUUUAGUUAG